UGAUCUAAUCUCUUUGCUUACAUAAUGACACCAUUUUAGGUGGAAACCCCACUCUGAUCAAUAUCUUUCCAUAACGUGUUAAAUGAGUGGAGAGCUCCCUUAUCGAUUAGGGAUUUGGAAGCUGCUGCUUAGGUAAUUUCGCGGUACAGGCAGAUCCGGGCCUCGUCAACAUUUACCACCUGCAAUUUCCAUAUUACAAGCUUCAAUCUCAAGAUCACCUCUCCAAUACAUCAAUCCACAUCGACAUUACUGCGCGUUAUUACCUCUCCAUUCCCUCUUCCAUUUCCACCACUUGCACUAUUCACCCAUUUAGACUCUGCGACACCGCGCAGUCUUAUUAAUCUAUCUUAAUUGUCUACGUCGUAGCGCAACACAUCAAGAUGGACCGGUUAAACAGAAUGCUUGCCGGUGCCAGCGGCAUGGGACUCGGCGCCGCUCCCGGAACGGAUAACAACAACCUGAUCGACAACUCCGAAACCGUUUACAUCUCUUCUCUUGCGCUACUAAAGAUGCUGAGGCACGGCCGAGCGGGUGUUCCUAUGGAAGUGAUGGGUCUGAUGCUAGGAGAGUUUGUCGAUGACUUCACAGUACGGGUGGUGGAUGUCUUUGCCAUGCCUCAGAGCGGUACCGGCGUCAGUGUCGAAGCUGUCGACCCGGUAUUUCAGCAGAAGAUGAUGGACAUGUUGACGCAAACGGGACGACCCGAAUCAGUCGUUGGAUGGUAUCACUCCCAUCCUGGAUUCGGAUGCUGGCUGUCAUCGGUCGACAUCAACACCCAACAGAGCUUCGAGCAACUUACACCGAGGGCCGUCGCCGUCGUCGUCGACCCCAUACAGUCAGUGAAGGGCAAGGUUGUCAUCGAUGCGUUCCGUCUUAUCAACCCGCAGUCUCUGAUGCUUGGACAAGAACCAAGACAGAGCACUUCCAACUUAGGUCACCUCAACAAACCUUCUAUCCAAGCUCUCAUUCAUGGCCUAAACCGACACUAUUAUUCUAUCGGCAUCAACUACCGAAAGACAGCUCUAGAGGAGAACAUGCUCAUGAACCUACACAAGCACGUCUGGACCGAGGCUUUGCAGAUGGAGGACUUCAGACACGAGGGCGAUCACAACAAGGAACGUUUCCAGAGAUUGGUCACGUUGGCUGACGGUUACGAGAAGAGAGUCAAGGAGGAGACAGAAUUAACUAAGGAACAGCUGAAGACACGUUACGUCGGAAAGCUCGACCCCAAGAAGCACUUGGAGGACGUCGGUCAACAGCUCAUUGAGGACAACAUCGUAUCUGUUUCGAGACAGAUGAUCGACAAGGAGGCGACGAUGCCUAAAAAGGAAGCAGCGGCUAAUGGCCAGGCGAAUGGCGAUCGUAUGGACGUCGAGGAUGAGGAGCUGUAGGUCCGCAUAUCCGAGAUCGAUUUAAUUGAUUCAGACGGUUCGGUCAUCAGCAAUGUAUCAUAGGCGUUGGAAGGGCUAGCGGACCCGGUUUAGAAAGCUCCGGCAAUGAAUGGAUUGCUUUACGGCUCGAUUCCGCAACUAUGCUCGUGAGGUACAUCGUGCAAUGGGGAUCUUCUGCACAACAAUACCAUCACUUAUUCAUAUUAUGCCUAGUCAUCUUCUUGCAUAACAUCAUGUUUCGAUUUGUGUUGUCUCUUCGCUAACCUGGUUGUUUAGGAC